AUGGUUGAAUCAGAUUGCCCAGGAAAACUUCUCACUGGUGACCUUAAUACAGAAACAAAUGAGAAAUCCCUUGAAUCAUUGUUUGACAAAUAUGGACAGAUAGUGGAAGCUCUAGUGAUGAAAGAUGAUAAAACCAACAAAUCAAGAGGAUUUGCUUUUGUCAUGUUUGAAAGCACAGCAGAUGUUAAGGAUACAGCCAGAGACAUGAAUGGAAAGUCUUUAUACAAUGUGGAAGAGACAGUUAUGGAGGCCUACCUUGAAGUAAACCCCUGGCCUUUUGUAGAGGUGUUUAUUUGUCCCCAAAGGAUGAUGGAUAUUCUACGAAAGGCAGCUAUUCAACCAGAGAUUACUGAAACUCUUUUGAUACAAGAGAUUAUGCAUCACCACCAAGAGAUUUUACCUACUGUGAUUAUGGUCAUUCCAGUUCAUAUGAUGACUACCCAUCAACAGACUAUAGUGAUAGAGAUAACUAUGGUCCUGAUCCUAACUAUUCAGAUCACCUAA